AAAACUCUCGUUUCUUCAAGUUUCAUACUCUCUCAUCUCAGAGUUGAAGAAUAUCACACCUGAUUAAUGGCGUCCUCAUUCUUAAGAGCUGCAUCACAAAGAUUAGCCCCCUCUGCAAAACGCCAAGCCCUAACUUUAACAGACACUGCUGCUUCAAGAAUUCGCCAACUCCUGCAGCAGAGGCAACGCCCUUAUCUUCGUCUUGGUGUAAAGGCUAGGGGUUGUAAUGGCCUCUCUUACACUCUCAAUUAUACAGUUCUUUUAUAACAUCACAGAUUCCAGAUUCAGAGUUGUAGAAGAAGCUAUCAAGAAUGACAAAGUUGGGGGAUAUAAGUAUGUUAGUUAGACUUCAUGAUCAAAUUUAUUCUAGCAACGCACUUUGGCCUGAAGUUAUUCAAAUUUCACUGCUCACUUUCUGGUCAAUACAUCACCAUUCUAGAACCUCCAACGAAGGCUAGAGAUGAGAAGGGAAAAUUUGACGAGCUAGUUGAGGAUAAAGGUGUCAAAAUUCUAAUUGAUCCGAAAGCACUCAUGCAUGUCAUAGGGACACAAAUGGACUUUGUAGAUGAUACAUUAAAGUCUGAGUUUAUUUUCAUUAAUCCCAACUCAAAAGGGCAAUGUGGCUGUGGAGAAUCCUUCAUGACUACAAGUAGUGGUGCUAACAAACAAGGAACCAGUUAAGAAGCUCUUGAUUUUGUUGCCCUUGUAAUGACUGAGAGGCCCAUCUACUAAAAUUUCCACUCAUCCCUUACAUUUGAGCCACUAGUAAGUUGAAGAAAGAGUGAAAACUGACCUUGUUUUCCAAAAUAUUGUUUUUCACAACAAUAAUUUUAUCUUGGGUAUUGCUGCUUCCAGUGGGCCUCUUAUUCUUCUCCUGUAGAUUCUCCUGGCCUGUAAUUCUUUGUAUUUUGUUUUAUAUUGACAUUUCUUGUUGAUUGAACUGCUAAAAGAAAAAGCUUGAUCGUGUAUAUGGAAUUAGUGUAUUUUACAAUGAUAUUCUAUAUUUGAGGAAGAAAG